GUGGCAUUGUGCUGAAUCCCUCCUUCUACGGAAUCCCUGGCCACACACACACAAUGAUCCAUGAAAUUGGGCAUAGCCUGGGGCUCUAUCACGUCUUCCGGGGAAUCUCUGAGAUCCUCUCCUGCAGCGAUCCGUGCAUGGAAACUGAGCCCUCCUUCGAGACCGGGGACCUCUGCAGUGACACCAACCCUGCUCCCAAGCACAAGCUGUGUGGAGAUCCUGGGCCUGGCAAUGACACAUGUGGUUUUCACAGUUUCCUAAACACGCCGUUCAGUAACUUCAUGAGCUAUGCAGAUGAUGACUGCACCGACUCCUUCACCCCAAACCAAGUGGCCAGGAUGCACUGCUACUUGGACCUUGUCUAUCAGAGCUGGCAACCUGCAAAGAAACCGGCUCCUAUUGCAAUUGCCCCCCAGAUCGUGGCUCGGACCUCCACCUCUGUCACCCUGGAGUGGUUUCCACCCAUUGAUGGUCACUUCUUUGAAAG